UUUCUUUUGUCAUUUGUUGUAAUCAAAUCAUUUAUUUCCAUUAGAAGCAAACUUACAGCGUUUUACGACAUAAAUAUUUUAAUUAUUAUGUAUGUUAUGUGUUUAAUCCUUGUAAUGGUGUAUACCCUAUGAGCAGUUCACGUACUUUUAUAUUAGGCAUGAUGGAUCUCAUGGCACUAUGUUAGGCGAUAUUCAACUGACCAAACGUUUGAUUGUUAUUGCUUUAGUUCUUGGUAUUAUUUAUAUUCUAAAGGAAUACGUGUUUGUUAACCAUUAUGACUCAACACAGAGUAGCGUAUUUUUAUAACGCCGAUGUCGGUAAUUUUCACUAUGGGCCAGGACAUCCUAUGAAACCGCAUAGGUUGUCUGUUACUCAUAGCUUGGUCUUAAACUAUGGGCUUCACAAAAAGAUGCAAAUCUACAAGCCAUACAGAGCUAGUGCCCAUGAUAUGUGCCGGUUUCACAGUGAGGAUUAUAUAGAAUUUCUUCAAAAUGUCACUCCACAGAAUAUUCAAACUUAUUCAAAGGACUUGCUUCACUACAAUGUUGGUGAUGAUUGCCCUGUCUUUGAAGGUCUUUUCGACUUUUGUUCUAUGUAUACAGGAGCAUCAUUAGAGGGUGCAAUGAAAUUGAAUAAUAAUGCUUGUGACAUUGCUAUAAAUUGGUCAGGAGGUUUGCAUCAUGCUAAGAAAUUUGAACCCUCUGGUUUUUGCUAUGUAAAUGACAUAGUGAUAGCAAUUUUGGAGUUAUUGAAAUAUCACCCUCGAGUGUUGUACAUUGAUAUUGACGUUCACCAUGGUGAUGGUGUACAAGAAGCAUUCUAUCUAACUGACAGAGUUAUGACUGUUAGUUUUCAUAAGUAUGGAAACUAUUUCUUUCCUGGUACGGGAGAUAUGUAUGAGAUUGGCGCCGAAAGUGGGAGAUAUUACUCAGUGAAUGUGCCCCUGAAAGAGGGCAUAGAUGAUCAGAGUUAUGUUCAGGUGUUCAAACCGGUGAUAUCAAAUGUAAUGGAGUUCUACCGGCCCACCGCUAUAGUGCUCCAGUGUGGGGCGGACUCACUGGCGGGCGAUCGGCUCGGCUGCUUCUCGCUGUCUACACGUGGUCACGGAGAGUGCGUGAAGUUCGUGAAGAACUUGAACGUGCCUACAUUAGUUGUAGGUGGAGGAGGCUAUACCUUACGAAACGUGGCGCGGUGUUGGACGUACGAGACGUCGUUACUUGUCGACGAGAACAUAUCAAAUGAGUUGCCCUACACUGAGUAUUUGGAGUUCUUUGCACCUGACUUCCAAUUACAUCCAGAAAUUAGCAGCACAAACAACGCGAACAGCAAACAGUAUUUAGAGGCGAUAACGAAGCACGUGUAUGACAAUCUCAAGAUGUGCCAGCAUUCCCCUGCUGUCCAGAUGACCCAUGUGCCAGGCGAUUUCUUCCCAGAAGAGUUCAAAAUAAAAGAAGAGCCCGAUCCAGAUGUUCGGAUCAGUAAAGAAGAGGCUGACAUGAUGGUGGAGCCCAAGAACGAGUUCUAUGAUGAUGAGAAGGACAAUGAUAAGGAUCUAGUAACGGAGAUGAAGGAGCCAUAGCAUACAAAUGGCCUGACUGACCCUCUGGCCAUUUGACAAGAGAAAGCUUUCAAGAAAUAUAAGAAGAAGUUUCUGAUUUGACUAGACAUUGUUGUUUAUAUUGAUGUUAUGUGACUGAUAUUUUGUGCGCUUACUCGAGAUUGGAUUAUAGUGCGUGAGUCCAGCCAAUCUAGACUGUUCCAGAAGGUGGUUUGAAUUACUAAAGGCAGAGAUUUUUGUAAUUCAAGGACUUUUACAUAUUUUACUGAUAUAGGUAAAAUAUGUAUUAUUUGAGUUAUUAUUAAUAGGUAUUCUUUUUCUGAAGUUCAUAUCACUGGUAAUAUUAGACUGGUCAUAAUUAGAAUUAUUUUGUUUAAUUCCGCUACUAUUAGUAUGUGUGUGACUGCUAGCACUCGAAGAUUGACCACCACUACUAUACUACCAAAAGACAACACACAAAACACAACUUUUCAAAUAUGAAAUAUGGCUAUAAGCCAUUUUAAAUAUGGCUAAUAAGCCAUAAAUCUCCGAGUGCCAUUGCGUUCACGUACGUUUUGCGACAUGCGUUUCAUCUUUAAACAAGGCAUCUUCAAGCAAAUUAUUAGAUUGCUGCUCGGAGUCUAGUGUUAACCGUUCGGCACUUAAACUGCGAAACAACAAUGUUAGCCGAAACAAAUUCUAAUCAAAUAACCAUUAAGGACUUAUGCUUGUUGGUCGACCAUGAUAAGCUACUUCAGCAUAUAAGCAGGUGUUUCUUCAUUUCCCAUACAUCUUUUGUAUGGAGUAUUAGUAUAUUUAAAUAAAUAACAAGGCGUUCAAUGGAUACGUAGAGAUAGAGCGAUGCGUUCCAGAUUAUGGAUUAUCAUGUAAUCGUUGGAUUAUUGGUUUGGUCCUUACACGCUACAUAAUCCAGCAGAAAUAUUCGAGUCAGUGCUGACACGACUAGAUUAUUCUCUUUUUUUUUUUUUUAAUAACUGAGUUCAUUAAAAAGAUGCUAAAGUUGUCUAUGACAUAUACCUAGUAUAGUCUGAUUAUACAGUAUUUUGUACAUGCUGUAACAUCCACGGUACUGUAUUGAAUAAUGUUUGAAUUUUUUUCAAUUGAAUUAUACAAUUGUGAUAUGUAUUUUAAUGUAAGUAGCAAUAAUUUAUGAGUUUAGGAUUUUAGUUUUUUUUUGGAUACUUAAUUAUGAAUGUUUUUUUUUGGAAUAAUAAUGUAAUGGUACUACUUACGCUUGGUCGCUGAUGGAUUUUAGACUGUAAGAUUUUUACUAUGUGUUCAGUUGGCCCACCAUGAUGAAUUCAACAAGAAUUAACCAUGAUGGUUUUUAGGGGGAACCGCGUGGAUAUCAACCUGAGAGGGUAUAUUGCUAGCAAUGGAGCUAUAAGAUCUCAUUACUGACAAUCUCUUUCCCCCUGGUCAAGGUGUUUUUUUUUGAUGGGUGAAAAUGGUAUGGUAACCCCGCCUGCGCUAACGGGAUACGCUGGCGGAGCACCAGUGAAGGGUGAUCGGUGAGAAUGAAAACAGGCCAGUUAGCCCAUCAUGAUGAAUUCAUUAGGAAUUAACCAUUAUAGUUUCCAGGGAGAACCGCGAGGAGGUCGACCUGGUUGGGUAUAUUGCUAGCAAUGGCAUUCUCAGUCUCCAUUACUAACAAUCCCUUUCCCCCCCGGUCAAGGUGUUAGGCGCUAUAAGGUAACAAACAAACUCACUUUCAUAUUGUGAAUGUGAAUGUAAAAGGGACUCCAUUUUCCGCACUUAGACUCUCAUUUGGGCCAUUGUGCGUAUGAGUCGUGGCUAGUGCAGCCAACUCACUUUCAUAUUUAGAUUAUUAGUAAAGAUUAAACAUUUUCCAUGCGUAUGCCACGGCAAUACGAUGUUAACAAAAAACACGCAAAAAAUGUUAGAAUCGAUUCCAAUUAAAUUUAUUUUAUAGCAAAAAUAUGAUAAAGAAUAUUGAAAAUAGUGGUACAGCAUAAAAUUUAGAAUAUUUGUUUGUAUGAGUUUCAUGUAAAAACGGCUGACCCGGUUUGCUAUACUAGUUACAAUUGUUUGUAAAGAAUAAUACCGUCAUAUUUUGGCUCUAAUGUUGUAAAUAAUAAAUCUUAGACAUUGAAAAAUCUAAAAACGUAUAUGUAUUUAUAUGUACCUAUAUGAAUUAUGAUUGAAAAAUAUAUACUUGAUCAUUCUUGUUACAUUUAAGUUGUAAAUAAAAUAUUUUUUCUAUUUAUAA